AUGGAAGAGAUUAAUAUAAUUUCCUCAUGUUCUCCACCUUAUAGCAUUUGUCAAGAAACCUCUGCAAACACACUUCAACAACGCCUCCAGUUGAUAGUUCAAAAUCGGCCGGAGCUUUGGGUCUACUCUAUUUUCUGGCAAGCCUCCAAGGACCGCAACGGCGUCCUUUCGUUGUCAUGGGCCGGUGGCCAUUCCAGAGGCACCAGAGACUUCUCAUCCAAGAAGUUGGAUAACUAUUACCAGCCCAAAUUCGGGUUGGAACUGCAGACGCCGAAGAAGGGGAUCAACCGACAAGUCCAAGCUUUGUUCCAGGAAGACAUGGACAUGGACAUCAAUGGAGAUGUGACUGAUUCCGAGUGGUUCUACUUCUACUCCCUCUCUUUGACACAGUCCUUUGCUGCGGGCCAUGGGAAUAACAAUAUAGUUGGGCGUACAUUUUGUUCCGGUGCUUUUGUAUGGUUGGCAGGAGAUCACGAGUUUCAGUUGUAUGAGUGUGAGAGAGUUAAAGAGGCCCGCAUGUAUGGAAUUCAAACACUUGUUUGUAUUCCUACGCCCGAUGGGGUAAUUGAACUCAACUCAAAGUUGAUUUUUGGACUCGACAAGAUCACAACCAGCUGCAGCGUCUCAAAUUCAAACCGAGGUCAUGUUCAUGUUCCUCAGCUGCAAAACACUAUGUUUCCAGAAUCAGAUCAAAAGGAGUGGACGACACAAGGUGGUAGGAAAGAAACUGUCAACAACCUAAGUGGAUCAUCAUCUGACUCUGGGCCUUCUGAGAAUACAUCAAGCACUCGAUUGAGAAAGAGAAGAAAAUCUGACAAAGGCGAGCGCGAUUCACCGAUAAACCAUGUGGAGGCCGAGAGACAACGACGUGAAAAGCUUAAUCACCGAUUCUAUGCUCUCCGAUCUGUUGUUCCGAAUGUGUCGAAGAUGGAUAAAGCUUCUUUACUCUCUGAUGCAGUUGUAUACAUCAAUAACCUCAAGACAAAGAUUGAGGAGUUGGAAGCAAAAAUUCAUGCACAACCCAAGAAACACAAAUCGAGUGUUAUGAGUGACAAUACUCUUGACUAUAGUCAAAUGACCAACUCCUUAACUUAUAGAGCUGCGGCUGCUACAGAGGUGGAUGUGAAGAUUGUAGGCUCCGAAGCCAUGAUUCGAGUCCGGUGUCCAGAUGAUGAGGACUAUCCAAAUGCCAGACUGAUGAAUGCACUCAAAGAUCUUGAACUACACAUUCAUCAUGCAAGCAUAUCAAGUGUGAAUGACUUCAUGCUUCAAGAUGUUGUGGCAAGAGUUCCUGAUGGUUUCACAAGUGAGGAGGCCAUGAGAACUGCUCUUAUACAAAGAUUUGAUAACUAG